AUGUCUGAAAACAAAUCCAUUGAACUCCAACUGCAAAUGCGACAAAAUGCAGAGGACCUGCAUAACUUCAUGAAAGAUCUUGACAGCUGGGAAACCGACAUAAAGAAGAAGGAUGAGCAACUAAGAACUGGGAGCAUUGGCGAGUCUCAAGUAUGUUACACUUGAAAAUGUGUAUAUUUUAUGUUUAGCUAUACAGUUGAGAUUGUGCUAUGUUAGAAACAUCCUGACCUAUGUAUUCCUGCCUUAGAAAAUCCUCCCACCAGUGCGAAACAAGGACUUCAAAAAGAAGAAGGGAGAAGAAGAAGGCAUCAGACAACAAUGCAAAGACUGAACCAAAACAAGCACCCAGGAUAAAGUCUUAUGACUAUCAGUCAUGGGACAAAUUUGAUGUGGUAAUGGAUUAGGUGGAUCUUGCCUGUUUCUCGUUUGAUUUCAAUAGUGAGUUUUAAACUAAGUCUAUGGUUUUAAACUGAAUGGCAGCAGUGCACCCUGUUAAACAGUAUGUACUGCUUGCUGUUACACUAAAACAUUUUGGGAUGUUUUUUGUCUUCUGGUAGGACAAGGUUUUGGAGUCCAUGGAUAAAGAGGACAGCGCUGCUGAGUCCAAUGACUCUGAAUCUGAGGAUUCUGGGGUUCCUGCUACUGACCAAGACAAAGCUCUUGCUGAGAAGGAGAAAGUACGUCUUCACACUCAUAGUAUUGCAGUCAGACUCAGAAACAGCAAACCUAACACAGACAUACAGAAAUAUGAAUUAUCGCGUAUUUAUGUCGUCAUUUAAAAUAUUACUUAUUAUUAUGAUGACACAAUGACCCCCAUUGAAGGUGAAUUCAAUGAACAUACUUGCAAACUGGGAAUUUGUUUGCAGUAUGCUGUGAUUUAGAUGUCUGUAGGACUAGAAAGUUGCCUCUGAAAUCCUAGACAAUUACCCAUACAAUAUACCAUUAUCGGGUCCUUGUCAAUAAUACUCAGUCACCUGUACUCAGUAGAUGUUACUACUUGACUGUAUGUAUGGAUUGCAAAGUCUUAUAUUUGCUGUACUGAAUUUCAGUUGUUUUUCAGGGUAAUCAGCUGUUUAAAGAAGGGAAGUAUGAUGAUGCCAUUGAGUGUUACACCAGAGGCAUGGGCGCAGACCCUUAUAACCCCAUUCUGCCUACAAACCGAGCUACCUGCUUUUUCAGACUCAAAAAGUAAGCAACAAUCAGUCCAUUACUUGAAUAUUCAUGAUAUGUCAUAUUUUAAAUGACAACAUUAAUGUGAUAAUUCAUACUUCUGUAUGUCUGUCAGGUUUGCUGUUGCCGAGUCUGACUGCAACUUGUCCAUCGCUCUGGACAGUAACUACUUCAAAGCAUUUGCACGAAGAGGAGCGGCUCGAUUCGCCCUGCAAAAUUAUGAAUCUGCCCUAGAAGGUGAGGAGUAAUGGUAACACAACAAAACAUGUUUUCAAAUGGGUAGAAUGCCGGCAGAAGGAUGUAUAGUUUUUAUAUGGCGUAUUAUCUUAUAAUAAUAGGUCACUUAAAAACAAUUUCUGCUUUCUUCCUCUACAUAACUAGAUUAUGUAAUGGUUCUCAAGCUAGAUCCUGGGAACCUGGAGGCACAGAAUGAAGUGAUGAAAUGUAAAGAGGUGAGACAUUAUCUGGUGCUGGAUCUAUUACUGUACCUCUGUAUCCCCCUCCCUGAUCCCCUCUAACCUCUCCUCUAUCUGUAGGUCAUUGCUAAACUGGGUGGGAAGGCAGAAAGCCCAGAGGCUGCAGUGGUGGCGCCACCUGUUGUGGACGUCAAGCAACAGCAGCUCAUGGAGGAACAGCAUAGAAGACAAGAGGCGGUGGUGCAGAAAGACAGGGUAGAGCCACCUGCUACACUUAUCUUUUGAUGUUAGUGUAGGCCCACUACAUAUUGGGUACCAGUUACCCAGCGACUCUGAGACACUGCAGCUCUGAAGACAUACCACAGUUGUACUACAGCAUGUUAUUUGCCUGUUUUUAAGUGCAUUGUUUUCUAAAUGGUUACCACCGCACUAAACCUUGACUCUUUCAGGGGAACGCAUACUUCAAAGAGGGGAAGUAUGAGGACAGCAGUAGAGUACUACACCAAGGGCAUGGAAGCGGACAGCACCAACGUCCUCCUGCCUGCCAACCGGGCCAUGGCUUACUUAAAGCUGCAGAGGUACGCAGGAUAAGUGAGUAUUGGAUAAGUGUAAAUUCUGUCAAACUGUGCAUUGAUUAAGCUUGAUUCUCUCCUCAGAUAUGUAGAGGCUGAGGAGGACUGCAGUAAAGCCAUAGCCCUGGAUGGCACCUACUCAAAGGCCUUUGCCCGCAGAGGGACAGCCAGGGCUGCUCUGGGACUGCUCAAACAAGCUAAAGAAGGUACAGUAGACAGGCAUCCAAGAUAGGCUAUAUCUUAUUAGUAGAUCACAUGACAUUAGCAACCAUUUUGUAUAGGCUAGGCAGGUUUCUAUGUAACUACCUUGAGCAGGUUAAGUCUUUUAGUGUGAAUGGUAGCAGUAGUCAUGGAACUGUUUGUCAUGGUUAUUUAUUUAUUUAUUGUAGAUUUUGAAGAGGUCCUGAAGCAGGAACCGGGAAACAAGCAGGCAUUUCAUGAGAUGAAGAAGAUCGCCAUUGUACGUAUGUGGUUCCAUGCUCACUAAGGCUUUUAGUGUUAAUGUUCUUACACCUGUUGUCUUUGUUGACAAAUCAUUGACAUAGCAUCUCUCUGCUCCUGUGUAGGACAUGGGCACCAGUGGUCUGCUGGCAACAGAGGAGCACGCACAGCGGAGAACAGUACAGCCAAUUAACAAACCACCUCACCUGCAGUCAACCGUGAGUCACUCAGAUAAAACAGGAAAAAUAUUCUCGCUAGGCUGUUUCUGAACUUGGCUUGAGAGAUUCACACAACAAUGUUCCUAUUGGAUUUCCUUGUAUCUCAGAAGCCGUUGAGGAGAGUGGACAUUGAGGAGGUUGGUGGAAAGAUCCUGGUCCAGGAGGAGCCCUCGGCUGUGUUGACCUCAACCACAGCCCCCCGUGUUAGGCCCCAGAAGACCACCUCCAUCGCAGACACUGUGAGAGAGGGUCAGGGUGAGGCCUCACCUCCCUCUACCUCCCCCAGCGCUAAGAUCCUGAAGAUUGAAGAGAUAUCAAACGUCUCCUCACAUUCCCCUGUCAAGUAAGAGAUACGAUACUGUUUUAUUGCUUAAUCCCAAACCGAUUGGCUCGAGGAUUUGUUGAUACAUGUUUUUAGUUAGUUUAUAAUACAACUUUUGUCAACAGUUAGGCUUUUGUCAAUAGCACCACUGAUGAGGUUGUUUCCUUAUUUCAGAGGGCUUGAGGGGGAUACUGUGAGAGCACGGACACAGAAGCACAGGGAGGCAACCGUCAGUGAACCAACAGAACCGCCUGCUACACCCUCCUCCUCGACAGAGGUCGUACCUCCUGCCCCCGCCAACAGCUUCCAGCUAGAGGCAGACCUCAGGAAGAUUGGAAAUGGCCCUGAAGUCAUCUACAAGUAUUUGAAGGUGGGUGUGGAAUUAAAACGUGACGAAAAACACAUUACACUCACAAAUGAUAUAUUAUGUGCAAAUAGUUAAAGUAUAUAUGGGAAAAUAAACAUUAAAUAUGGAUUGUAUUACUGUCCAUUUUUUAUUUAACCUUUUAUUUAUAGCCUAUACAAAAUGGUUGCUAAUGACAGUGACUUACUAAUAAGAUAUAGCCUAUCUUCUUGUGAUCAUCUUUUCUUCAGAGAGACCUGGUCUCUUGUUUGGGAUUCUAUUUGUACAAAAGCAAAUCACCAUACAACUAGAUUAGUCUUUUCUGCUGAGAAAAACAUGUAGAUGCCACCAAGGACUGAUGUUUAUUUGUUGUGUGUCUGUGUUCUGUUUUUAGCAAAUCGAACCUCAGGCGUACGCCAAGAUCUUCCAGAGCUCUCUUGAACCAGACAUGCUCAAUCAGAUUCUAAGGACGUUACAAAGCUUCUACAUCAAGUAAGAACUGUACAAAUACCGUGCUAUUAUGAAUGUUAUGGUUCAUACAAGAAAUGUGACUGAGUUAUCACAUUGUCCUUCUAUGAGGAACGAAGAACCACCUGUCAUACUGGAGAUCCUCAGGAGUCUGGCCGGUGUGAGGCGAUUCGACAUGGCUGUCAUGUUCAUGUCCAGCCCUGAGAAGAAAGGUACCGAUUGGUUGUUGAUCUGGCACAGUUUCGGAUACAUUAUUUAACCCAAAUGCAAAAUUAUUAUACGGCAUUGAUAACUGCUAACUUUUGUUUGUUUUUCUAGUUCUACAAGAACUGUUUGACUUUCUUCUUCAAGCUGGACUUGAGGACGCUUCAGUUGGAGCCCUGCGAAAGAAGUAUGGAGUGUGA